AAUAACGAUGGCAUCGGCGUUCCUGCCAGCACUGGGUCGUUUAGCCGUAUGUGGUGGUACCCAUGGCAACGAGCUGUCAGGUGUGUAUCUGGUGCAGGAGAUGGAGCGACAGAGGAAAGAGAAGGGAGACGGCGCGUGGCCGAUUCUCGUAACAACUGUGCUGUCAAACCCACGGGCUGUGAAAGAGUGCAGAAGAUAUAUUGACACGGAUAUGAAUCGCUGCUUCAGCAGAGCCACGCUGAGUUCACCUACGACAGACAGCAGCCAAUAUGAAGUUCACCGCGCUCAGGAACUGAACAAUCAGCUGGGACUGAAGGGAUCUGCUGAUGCAAUAGACAUGAUCUGUGACCUCCACAACACCACAUCUAACAUGGGCCUCACACUCAUCCAUUACACAUCCAGUGACUGGGUGACCCUGCACAUCUGCAAAUACUUACAGACUAAGAUAACCAAAGUGCCAGUGAGAGUUCUGGUACUGGAUGUCCCGAUUAGUGAUGCAUAUUCCUUGGAGUCUGUAUCCAAGCAUGGCUUUUCAAUAGAGGUCGGGCCGCAGCCGCAUGGUGUCGUCAGGGCUGACAUCUAUUUCAUUAUGAAAGAGGCUGUCGACUUGACAAUCGACUGGAUCCACAAAUUCAACUCAGGAACAGUAUUUGAAGGUGGAGAUAUGGAAGCCUUCAAGUUUAUCAAAAGUAUUGAUUAUCCCAGAGAUCCCGAGACUCGGACUCUCACAGCUGCUAUUCAUCCUCAGCUGCAGGACAGAGAUUUCUGUCUCCUCAAGCGGGGUGACCCUUUGUUUUUGUCAUUUUCUGGAGAAACUGUGAAGUAUGAAGACGAAGAGCCACUUCAUCCUUUCUUUAUCAAUGAGUGUGCUUACUAUGAAAAGGGAAUCGCUUUUCACUUGGCAAAAAAGUUGACGCUGACGAUUCCAACGGUGCAAGUGCAGAAACACUGAAGAGGAAAAAACUGUAUGAUUACCAAACUAUCUAACAUCAAUCAGAUGAUUUCACAACACAGAAUGUCUCAAAUGAUUUUAACAAUUUUUUAGUCACUCAGGUAUACAUUAUGUACUUAUUUGUACAAUAUGAUAUUUAUAUGACAAUAAAUAGCUAAUUUUGAUCUACAGCUAAAAACAUGAGCAACAAAAUUUUGGAUGAAAAGAUAUUUAUUGUGACCAGCAAAAUGUUCAUUUAACAGGAAUGCUUACAAAACUGUAUAAAAAAGGCAAAACCGUCUGAAGUAUUUGGGACACCAUCAUGAUGAUGAUGAUGUCACAGUGGGCUGUGGAGUGUGAGGUAUCCUCUUGACUGUAUUGCUCAUAUGCUGUUGCUCUCAACCUGAUCGCUUUGAGAAAAUCAAGCCUCUCAUAGGCUUGGAAUAAAAAGACAAAACAAAAAGCAAACUCACUUAAACAGAACAUGAUCUCAAAUAUUACAACACAGAAUAAACCGCAUGGCACAAUGAAAUCAAAUGAA